AGAUGGAAUCCCUAAUUUGCAACCCUUUCUUACGCACCAAAUCGGUAAUUACGCAAGUGACAGUGCUUCGCAAGGGGUAGACAUCUUAACGUAAAAAAUGAAAACACAAUGUCGUCAGCGUUUCUCCGUACCCUCAACUAAUGAAAGUGUAAGCAACCAGUAGCAAGUUUCGCUUUUUACUUGUUUCCUCGUCGAAAGCAUGGUUAUAAGUCAGUCACGACCAUCCUGAAGGGAAAUCUGAGGGAAUCCAUGGAUGCUAUACCUCAUGCACCAUUUCACAGCCGUGCAACUAUAUAAGAUGGCAUUGGAGACUUGUUCAAAUCAUCAGUUCUAUCUUGAAUUUGUUAGCUCCUCCAACAACAUGCAGCAGAUCCAGUUUAUCGCUGUCUUUGUUUCCAUCAUUGCCUUGGUUGGUGGACAGGAAAAUUCUCAAUAUGAUAGUAAUGUUGCAAAACCAUCUUAUGAGCAAAAGGCCCCCAUGCCACAUUCAUUUGCGUGGGCUGUCAAAGAUGAGCCUAGCAAGAAUGACUACUCACAUCAACAGGAAAGUGAUGGCAAGGUGACUACUGGAUCCUACCGUGUCGUUUUGCCCGAUGGUCGCACUCAGAUCGUCGCUUACAGAGCCGAUGAAAAUGGGUACGUUGCCGACGUUAAAUAUGAAGGUGAAGCUCGAUAUCCCGAAUACAAGCCUUCCUCAUACAACAAACCAGCGGAAUAUCCUACCUCUUCUGAAGCGGCUAAACCAGAAUACCCAACUGUUUAACAAACUAAAUGACAGAACUCAAGAAAAGGAAUCCAUUUGUUUUCUGUGGGUUUAAUUUUCAGUCUCAGUACUUGUAAUUAUAUGUAUAUGUUGCAUGGAAAUGAACAAAGUGAUUUUA